AUGGCCCGAAUUUGGCGAGAAGGGCAGACAAAGCCCUGCUACAUCUAUCGUUUUGUCUUGGGUGGAACCCUAGAGGAGAAGAUUUGCCAGAGACAGCAGGUGAAAACCGAUUUGGCUCACAUCACAGUAGAUGGUCAAGAUAUGGAUGCAGACGCAUCCAGGUUGUCUUGGGAUGAGUUGCGGAGGGUCUUUGCAUUGGAGGGCUAUGACGACCAGGGCUUGCCCAGCCCGGCUUUGAUGACUUCUGCCUUUGGACCUUCUUCCGAGCCGCAGGACCAUGCAGGAGCAUUGUUGGAUGCCGCAGGCUUGGGGAAGGCACUGUUGGGACUUCAUCUCAUCAGUCGCAUCGACGGCGGAACAGAAGAACCCGCUAAGGAAAUGCCCCCGGCCCCUGCAGAACGCGGGGAACAGAGACAAGCCGCCGCUUUGAAGCCUUCGAACGUCAUGUUCCAAGCACCUCCGAUUCCAAAGCAAGCUCCAAGUGUUUCUGCUCAAUCUUGGCAACAGGGAUGGGGAGGCACGGCAAUGCAGCCACCCCCCAAUGUGCAAUUGAACAAUGCAGUGGGCCGGACUUCUCUACCAAGUGCAUCUCCACAACAGAGCCCGCAUGGUGGCUUGCCAACGAAGGAAAUGCCCCCGGCGCUUGCAGAACCCGCGGAACGGAGACAAGCCGCCGCUUUGAAGCCUUCGAACGUCAUGUUCCAAGCACCUCCGAUUCCAAAGCAAGCUCCAGGUGUUUCUGCCCAAUCUUGGCAACAGGGAUGGGGAGGCAUGGCAAUGCAGCCACCCCCCAACGUGCAAUUGAACAAUGCAAUGGGUCUACAAAGUGCAUGUUCACAAGAAGGCCCGCAUGGCGGCUUGCCAACGAAGGCAGAGGAUGAAGUGCCACUGCAAGGCCAGGAGGUGGUCUUUCCAAGAAGGACAGUAUUGGGGCCAACGCCCAUGCUGCAGGAAUCUCUGUCUCCAGAAGCUUCUGCCACGGCUUCACCGCAGCUCCAAGAUGGGGCACCAAACACAGACGACCAUGGAGGGAUCCGGGAAGCCGUGGCCCAGCAAAGCCCUGCUGCAAAGGCCCUUUCAGGGUUUGGAUUGGACAAGCAGAAGGGCACGUUGCCAGUGGCUACUCCAGCACGUGCCCGAUGUGCCACUCAAGGGCUUCAGGUUGCGGAGAAUGAAGGUGAUGAAGCAGGUGCUACAUCUGGGGAUAUGAAAUCCACACAGGCUAAGCGCAAGAGGAGUGCGAAGCCCACGAAGGCAGGUGAUGGAGGCAGCAGCGAUGUCAAGAUGCAGAAGGCUGCCGGAAGUCGUCCCUUCCUUUGGUGCCAAUAUUCAUGA